AUGAGACCAUUCGAAUACACUACCCACCCUGCUCAUGUUCUUUUCGGUACCGGGACCGUAAAACAGCUGUCUGCGGAAAUUGAACGGCUAGGAGUGAACUCUCCACUGCUUCUGUAUACCCCUCGGCAAGAAAAGCUAGUGGACGAUGUGAGAAGGCAACUCCAGGACAAAGUAGCUGGAGCAUUUGACGGUGCUGUAAUGCAUGUUCCCACGCAUGUCACUGAGAAAGCUCUUGCAUAUGCAAAGGAGCGCGGUGCUGAUGGCAUUGUGUCCAUCGGUGGUGGGAGUGUCAUCGGGCUGGGGAAGGCAAUCAGCCUCCGGACUGGGCUGCCGCAUCUAUGCGUUCCAACAACAUAUUCAGGCAGUGAGAUGACCCCAAUACUUGGAGAAACGCAUGACGGUGUGAAGUCUACCAGGACAGACCCCAAAAUCCUCCCGGCAGCAGUCAUAUAUGAUGUCGACUUGACAAUGUCGAUGCCAGCCAGCCUGAGUGCUACAAGCGGCAUGAAUGCCAUUGCCCAUGCAGUGGAAGCAUUGUAUGCUCACAACGGAAACCCAAUUGUCAACCUCCUGGCGCGAGAAGGCAUAAGAAGCCUCUCUACAGCCUUGCCUGACAUUGUGGCUAACCCCCAAUCUAAAUCUGCACGAUCAGACGCCCUCUACGGUGCUUGGUUAUGUGGUUCAUGCCUGGGAAGUGUUGGAAUGGCCUUGCAUCACAAACUAUGCCAUGCACUUGGUGGUAGUUUCAACCUGCCGCAUUCGGAGACACACACCGCUGUCCUUCCCCAUGCAGUUGCAUACAACUCUCCGAACACCCCCGAAGCGAUGGCUACGUUGGCAGAGCUGCUCCCUAGUAGCCAAGGUGAUGCAAUUCGAGGCCUAAAUGUUCUAAUGCAAAAGCUACGGGUAAAAAGGGGUGCAAGAGAGUUUGGUAUGAAGGAAGAAGAUAUUGACAAGGCUGCAGAGAUAGCCAUGAAGAAUGUCUACUAUAACCCCCGUGAAGUGAAAAAGGAUGCAAUUAGAGAGCUCCUUAGAAGGGUUUGGGCAGGGGAGGAAGCUCGAGCUGAUCUAUAG